GUUUUCCAGUUUGGGUCCAAAACAGGAUUAGACUGAAUUAAACAAAUUGGACAAUUUACAAAUUAUUUCUGGUCCUGCGACUAUAUUUGUUGAUCAUAAAGGUGUGAUGAGCUAAGUGUCAAUGGUGGCAAAAAAAGCAGUUGGAAAUUGUUGCUAUGAAAGCAUUCAUAAAAUAUUAGAGCUGUGCUAUCUCCAAAAUCUCAGUAUAAACUAUGUUAGGAGUAAUAUCAUCCGAGGUGAGAUCAGAAAGAGAAGGCUUGAUCAAGAUUUUGACAGAAUUGCUGUUUCUAGCUCGAGAAAGAGCUACAUAGAGUUGGCUGUGGGAGAAGACUGGCUCACGAAGGACAACUUCACCAUCAGAACAACAGAAAUUUGGUGUUUCAGAAUGGAAUCUUUUGGCACCACAAUAUUGGCAGUCAGAAACCUGAGGGAUUGGUGAACACAUUGCAGUAUAGGCUGCUGAGCAUUGGUUGCUGUAAUUAUAAAUUGAUAAUGAUAAGUAUAUAAUCAAUGAUCAAAUUGUUACUAGAUACGUAACUGUAGCUGUAAGGUAAGCAUAAGAGAUAUAAAAUGCAGGAUGAAAUAACUGAAUCAAUUAACCUUUAUUUUUUGUAAACCAACGUUCAGAUGUAUGUAAGACUUCAUCAGAUCACAAUUGGUGCUGCAAGGUUUGUUGGGGAGCUUGAUUAUGACGAAGUUGCUCUACAGCUAAAGGAGGAAAAAAUAUCUGAGAUAGUAGCGAAAAUAAAGUACCAGUCCAAUAGAAUAGAAAGGCAGUUUUAUCAGAUGUAAAUAAUAGUACAAUUGUCAGUAAAUAUAGGUAUCUCACUCUUGAAUUCUUGAUAAACAUUAGUCGCAGUUGAUAUGUUCGCAGCGUCACUGGAUUCUUGAGAACAUGUGGUAGCUUGCUUAACCACUGUUUUCAAGCGGAAAUAAUCAUGUUGAACAAUUAGCAUGCAUAAAAAUGGA